AUGGAAACUGCGAAUAGCAUUGAAUUGUCCAAAUUAAAUGAACAAAAUGAAGCUAAGUCAGCAUACGAACAAAUUGAAAAAGAUAGAGUUCAAUUAGUAUCUAAGAUAGAAGAAUUGUAUCAAGACGUAGUGGAACACAAGUAUAAUAAUAAAUUAUUCUUGGAAGCUUUAGAAAAUGUUCCAUCUGAUAGAAGAUGUUAUAGAAUGGUGGGAGAAAUUUUAGUUGAAAGAACAGUUGGAGAGAUUAAACCAGCUUUGGUAGAUCAUAAAAACAAGGUGGAACAAAUUAUAGCUGAGUGCCAAAAGAAAUUAGACGAAAAAAAUAACGAAAUUUCAAAAAUUGUGAAAAAUACAAAGUCAGCGAAUAUAACUAGUGAUCUUGUUUCAAACAAGGCUCAAGAUAAUAUGGGCAAUUCUACCGACAAGGACAAAAAACCCCAAGGUGUCAUUUUUUAA